AUGAACUCGCUGAACAUCCUAUCCUCGCGAGUCAUUGGCCAGUCUUCCAGCUCUACGCGCCCACGAUCGCACUCUCAGAGCGAGAAACGGCGCGAAGCUCCGCCUACGGACCUCGCCAAGUUUCGAUCCUAUAGCGAAGAUAACUUCCGGUCUAGCCUUGUCUCCGAGAAGGGUCAUGACAGCAGCGCAUCAUUCGCGGACGGCACCGGAGAAGACACGCCACAGUCGUUUGACGAGACAACAUCCUUAUUACAUGGCCCCCAACACGAUGGCGCCUUCGUGACUAAAAGCACCUGGCGACUUUUCACAAAGCGCAUCUUCGAUACGAUCACCGAAACCAUCCGAUUCAUUCUAUCUACGCUUGCUGCACCGGGUGUAUAUAUUGCUCAAUGCUUCCAAAACGAUGACGGACGUUAUUCGUUCCUUGCCCCAGUUAGGAGAAUUUGGAGAACGUCUGCCGAAUCCAGGAUCCGGCCCGUCAAAGCGACCUCUCGGGUAGAAAAUCGGCGACGGAGUGGCUCCACCCGCAAGUUGAAAGCUCAAGGAUCUCGGGACUCGAUACGAUCCACAACAUCCGAAUCAGAUACAGAUCGAAGAGGCGUCAAGGACCUUACGAGUGCGAAAACUCGACCGCCUAAAACCGACCACUUCCAAGAGCGUGGUCCAGAUGAAAGCACACCACGUCGGUCUAUACGGAUCAAGCUCAAUAAUGAGGAAACGCUCAAUAGACAGCGACAACGACGAACGAAAAGUGCCGAUUUAGGCACACCGAUGCCAGAGGGUGUAAGCCGGGUUCAAGCGGCCGUCAACUUGGAUAGCCUGAAGUCUCCCUUGUCAUCAUCUGUUCACCGCAUAACGAAAUACCCACACUCUCCAAAUCCGCCGCGACCUCUUCUCCCUCAACGACUGCCUUCAUAUACAGCCGCUCCGCGGAAUGCCAGGCUCCCACAAAAAACUUUGGUGCUGGACCUUGAUGAGACACUGAUUCAUUCGCUUGCUAAGGGUGGUCGUAUGUCCAGCGGCCACAUGGUUGAAGUCAAACUUUACAUGCCUAUGACCACUGCCCCAGGGGCCCCGCAAUCCGCGUUGGGGCCUCAACAUCCCAUAUUAUACUAUGUGCAUAAGCGGCCACAUUGUGAUGAUUUCCUGCGCAAGAUUUCCAAGUGGUACAAGCUCGUGAUCUUCACAGCCAGUGUCCAAGAGUAUGCCGACCCCGUUAUCGACUGGCUCGAGUCGGAAAGGAAAUACUUCCAGGCCCGUUACUACCGACAGCACUGCACAUUCCGUAAUGGCGCCUAUAUCAAAGAUCUUAGCUCUGUGGAACCGGAUCUGAGUAAAGUGAUGAUCUUGGACAAUAGCCCAAUGAGCUAUAUCUUUCACGAGGAUAACGCGAUCCCUAUUGAAGGUUGGAUCAAUGACCCCACGGAUAAUGGUCUGCUGCACCUAAUUCCCAUGCUGGAGGCUUUGCAAUAUGUCACUGAUGUUCGGGCACUGCUGGCUCUUCGCCGUGGCGAGGUCGAGGCGUAA